GGACGGGUCUGUCGGUUCCGAACUGUCCGUGAGCUCCUGGGUCACCUGCAGAAUGUUUGUGGACCGUCCACACCGAACCUCAGUCUCUCUGUGAAGACGGAAGUCUUGCGUUGGACACUCACCUGGACACGGGAUGGAGCCUCUGGACCAGCAUGACGCGUCAGGAUGAACACCGGAGACCCCCCCGGCCUUCACGAGAGCCCCCUGUCCGCGGGGCUGUGGCUCGGACCCGCACGGAGCGGCGUGAGCGCCGCGGGGGCGCGCAGCGCGCCGGCGCUGGUGCUGGGGGUCCUGCUGAUCGUGGUGACCGCCUGCGGGAACCUGCUGGUGUGCGUGAGCGUGCUCACGGAGAGGGCUCUGAAGACCACCACCAACUACUUCAUCGUGAGCCUGGCGGUGUCGGACCUGCUGCUGGCGGUGCUGGUGCUGCCGCUCUUUGUUUACUCCGAGUUCCAGGACGGGGUUUGGACCCUCAGCACCACCGUGUGUGACGGCCUGAUGACCAUGGACGUGAUGCUGUGCACGGCCUCCAUCUUCAACCUGUGCGCCAUCAGCAUCGACAGGUUCAUCGCCGUAUUGAUUCCCCUCAACUACAACAGGAAACACGUGGACCUGCGUCAGGCGCUUCUGCUGUCAGCUACCUGGAUUCUGGCCUUGGCCGUGGCCUCACCCAUCAUGUUUGGCAUCAACAACGUGCCAGGACGUGACCCCAGCGAGUGCAAACUGGAAAACGAUGAUUACGUGCUCUACUCGUCCGUGUGCUCCUUCUUCAUCCCCUGUCCCAUCAUGCUGCUGCUGUACUGCGGGAUGUUCCGUGGACUGCGCCGCUGGGAGGAGGCGCGCAAAGCCAAGCUGAAGAGCAGCAUCCAGGCCUGCCGCAAACUGCAAGAGGCUGCCGCCUCACUGCCGCCUCUUCUGCCCCCGGUUAUCGAGCGUGAACUGCCAGAUGUACCUGAUGAACUGUCCACCGUCCCAUCAGCAGAGCGUCCGCUCCACUCGGACAGCAAGGACGGCCCCGUGCCGACGGUGAGCUUCUCAGAGAUCAGAUUCAUCCCCGACCCUCACAGAAGGAAGAGGGCCAAGAUCAACAGCAGGGAGAGGAAGGCCAUGAAGGUGCUUCCAGUUGUUGUUGGUGCUUUCCUGUUCUGCUGGACCCCCUUCUUCGUCCUCCACAUCAUGCGAGCUCAGUGCCAGGACUGCAACAUCCCUCCGGCCCUGAUGAGCAUCGUGACGUGGCUCGGCUACGUGAACAGCGCCCUCAACCCCGUCAUCUACACCAUCUUCAACACGGAGUUCAGGAACUACUUUAAAAAAGUGCUGCACAGCUGCAGCAGAAGCACGUGAUGCAGGAGGACCUCCCCCUUUAGUCUGAUUGAC